GUCAGAGUCUUCCAGCAGAAGGUCUACAGUUAGCAGGUCUGCAAGGUGAAGGUUUUCCACUUAGAGUGGUUGACAUAACUGGUAUAAAUGUUUCCUAGCGGCUCUAAGUGCAAGGUCGCCUUGACUGCUGUUUCUGCAGUUGCUGCCUGCAUUGUGAUUGGAUAUGUUCUCCUGAAAUAUAAAAGAAAGGGUGAAAAGCAAACACUAAAUGAAGAAAAGGAACCCAAAACAGAAUCUGAAGAAUCUGAAGAACCAAAGCCAGUGAAAAUAUGUCGCUCGUAUUUUGAUACAGAAUCUGAACAAAGUUUCGAGGUAGUUACUGGCUCACACACCCGUGUUACCACUUUGUCUCCAACACCGCAGAGACAAAUACAAAGUGCUAUGAGCAGUCCUGAAGGAGGAACUUCACCUGGUAUGGAUACUGCACUUUUAAAUGAGGUCCAAAGCCAGCAGCAAAUGGAUCUCAUGCAGACCUCAGAACCCCAAGCCCAGCCAACAGAUCCAUCAGAAGGUGAAAAACAAACUGUCAGUGAAGAAACGGAAACCAAAAGAGAAUCUGAAGAAUCAAAGCCAGCAAAAAUGUGUUGGCCAUGUUCUGAUACAGAGUCUGAAGAAAGUUUUGAGGACGUUGUUGGUUCACACACUUCGUCGUCAACAGCGCAGAGACAAACACAAAGUGCUAUGAGGAGUCUAGAAUAUGGAAAUUCACCUGGCAUGGAUUCACCACUUCUAAGUGGGGUCCAAAACCAUCAGCAGAUGGGUCUCACGGAGACCUCAGAACCCCAAGCCCAGCCAACAGAUCCAUCAGAAGCUUGUGCUGCUGCGUUUACUACUGUCUCCACCAAGAGGAGCAGCGUGGACUUGAAGCAGCUUUCUGGGAAUCAAAAAACACAAGAACCAGAACUAAAGAAACCAAAACACCAGAAAAAUUAUAAUGGCUUGUAUAAUAUGGGUGCAACCUGCUACCUGAAUGCGGUUUUACAGACACUUUUCAUGACUGAAGAAUUCAGAAACAGAUUGGAAAGCUUCGCAGCCACUGGUAUUUUGAAACAUUUAAAAACACUGUUUAGAAAUUUAAAGCAAGGAACAACACAUGUUGAAGAUGGACUUUUAAAAGAACUCGGGAUCACAGACAAAUUUCAGCAGCAAGAUGCAGCUGAGUACUUUCAGAAGAUUUUGAGCGCUGUGGGCCCCCAUGUUUCUACGAUCUUUCGAGGCCAAAUGAAAAAUUCUACCAAAUGUAAAAAGCAUGGAAAUGGAUCAGAAAAAAGUGAUGAAAAUGGAUCAGAGCACAGUUCAUUUGUGACUGUGCCCCUUGCUAUUGACGUUGAUUCGCACGAAACCUACAAAGUGGUUGAAGGCUGGAAUGCAUUCUUUGAGAAAUCAGUCUUAACUGGAGACAAUCAGAUGUACUGUGACAUCUGUGAUGAGAAAACGGACACAGAAGUAAGCUGUGAGAUGGAGGUGUGUCCCGAGAUCCUAACUCUGCACCUGAAGAGGUUUGAUUUUGACUAUAACUACAUGACGUACGUGAAGAACAACUGCUUGGUGGAGAUUCCUCUCAAGCUACAUGAUACAAAGAAACACACAUUUGAGCUGUAUGCAGCAAUCAACCAUAGAGGAAGUCUCGCAGGUGGACACUACAACGCCCUCAUCAAAUCCUUUGAGGAUGAGAACUGGUACUUGUUUGAUGAUGCCUAUGUAACACUGAUUGACAAUAAAGACAACUUCAAGUGUGAACAUGCCUAUUUACUCAUGUAUAGGAGACGAGGACCAGGAGACACAGACGGUUCUGAAGGAUGUGCCGAAAGACAUGCUGACGGUAGUAGUGGAAGAGAAGAACCAGAAACUGAAUGUGUAACUGGUUCCGGUGAUGAAAGAGCCGAUGAAAGCAGUGCUGCAGUGAGGAGUGUGGAACAGGGUCUGAGAAUUGAAGUCUAA